AUGUUGUUCAAAUCCGAUACUAGAAACUCAAUCACCAUUGUCACGUCCCGAAGACUCUCUAUUUCGGAAGAUAAUACCCCGACAGCGGACCCCCAACAUGAUGUUGAAAAGGCAGGCCGAGAUUCCAGCGAGGGCGAAUCCCCGGAAGUCACCGAGUUUGAAGAGGUCGACUGGGAUGGCCCUGAUGACCCUGACAAGCCAGUCAAUUGGCCGCAGACGAAGAAAUGGAGGAUUACUCUGACUGUUUCCAUGUUGAGCUUCAUGACACCAUUCGCCUCGUCGAUGAUGGCCCCAGCAAUUGACGAAGUCAUGAAAGAGAUGAAGACGACAAAUCGGGAUCUUGGCUCCUUUGCCGUGUCGAUUUAUCUCCUGGGCUACGCAUUCGGCCCCCUGCUCAUUGGUCCAUGCAGCGAACUCUACGGUCGAUUGGUCGUCUAUCACACAUGCACUGCCCUCUUCGCCAUUAUGAACAUUGGGUGCGCAAUGGCAAAUAGCAUGUCCAUGCUGAUUGCCUUUCGCUUUCUGACUGGUACAGUGGGCGCAUGUGCUUUCACUGUCGGUCCAAGUACUAUUGGAGACUGUUUCAAGCAAGAACAGCGCGGAAAGGCCAUGGCGGCCGGUGUUGCUUUUGGGAUCAGCUUGUUGACAUUGAGAGAAACAUAUCCCCCAGUGGUUCUCAGGUGGAAAGCCAAGAGACUACGAAAAUUGGCUGGCCUACCUGACGUUCAGCUCAACAACGAACCAAGCCAAUCUCCUGUUCAAUUCUUUUUCAUGAAUAUCAUCAGACCCCUCAAGAUGCUCGCUCUGUCUCCCCUAAUUCAAGGACUGUCACUUCUCGCCGCCGUCGCGUAUGGAGUCCUCUACCUGUUGUUCACCACCCUAACAGAAGUUUUCGUGACUCGCUACGGAAUCGUGACAAACGUUGGACUGGUUUACUUCGGACUCGGCGUCGGCCAAAUUGCGGGUGUUGCCGUCUUUGGCACGGCGUCAGAUACCAUCGUCAAGAGAAUGGCCAAGGGAGGAGAGAUGAAGCCCGAGUAUCGACUUCCUCCCAUGAUCCCCGGAACAGCCAUGAUUCCUCUGGGCUUAAUCAUCUACGGCUGGACGGCGCAGUACUACGUACAUUGGUUUGUUCCUCUGCUUGGAACCUUCUUCGUUGGAGUGGGAGUCAUCACCGUCUUUAUUCCCGUCGCGUCGUAUUUGGUCGAUGCGUAUCCAGCUCACGCAGCGAGUGCGACGGCUGCCACAACGGUCUUUAGGAGCAUGGGCGGUGCCCUGUUGCCGUUGGCAGGACCCAAGAUGUAUCAGAAGCUUGAUCAGGGCUGGGGCAAUACCUUGCUUGCUGGAAUCGCGUUGGGAGUGAUGCCCAUGAUCUGGCUGACGAUGAAGUACGGGGAGAGGCUCAGAACACAUCCCAAGUAUCAGAUGAACCUGUAG